AUGAAGAUCAGCGCGCUUCUCACCUCCGCGGGCAUCAACAUUGGCCUAUGUGUCCUCUUCCUGUCGCUCUACUCUGUUCUCAGAAAGCAGCCGGCCAAUGUCAGGGUCUACUUCGGCCGCAGGAUCGCUGAGGAGCAUGAUCGGCUCCGAGGGGCUUUUAUCUUGGAGAGAUUUGUUCCAUCCACUGGAUGGAUAGUCAAAGCCCUGCAGUGUACUGAGGAAGAGAUCCUGGCUGCUGCUGGGUUGGAUGCUGUUGUUUUCAAUAGAAUUCUAGUAUUCAGCAUGCGCAUCUUCACACUUGCCGCCCUUUUGUGUGUCUUUGGGAUUCUUCCGCUCAAUUAUUUUGGACAGGAAAUACACCAUGUUCGAAUUCCUUCGGAAUCACUAGAUAUAUUUACAAUUGGGAAUGUAGAAGUGAAAUCAAGAUGGCUCUGGGUCCAUUGUGUAACCCUGUACAUAAUUUCUGGAGUAGCUUGCAUUCUGCUAUACAUUGAGUACAAGCACAUUGCCAGGUUGAGGCUCCUUCAUCUUACAAGUGCAACACCAAAACCAAGCCAUUUUACAGUUCUUGUUCGGGGAAUACCAAAGGCAGAUAAAGAAUCAUGCAGUGAUGUUGUUGAUGGUUUCUUCACAAAGUAUCACUCAUCUAGUUAUCUCUUCCAUCAAGUAGUUUACAAAGUUGGGAAAGUUCAGAAGAUAAUGACUGGCGCAAAGAAGGCAUAUAAGAAGUUCAAACAUUUCACAGAUGAAACAGUCGAUCAGGGAUGCAGAACAAGUACCUACCGCUGUUGUCUGUGUGGAGCCUCUUCAAAUUCUUUCAAGUUAUUGAACACUGAAUGUGAGCAGAACAGGGGGAAAGCUGACAAUAAAUCCAUCUUGGACUUAGAUGAUGAGGAAUGCACAGCUGCUUUUGUAUUUUUCAAAACUCGGUAUGCCGCACUUGUUGCAUCAGAAAUACUUCAAACAUCUGACCCUAUGAAGUGGGUUGCUAAUCUAGCUCCAGAACCAGAAGACGUGUAUUGGUCUAAUCUUUGGCUACCCUAUAAGCAGCUUUGGGCUCGCCGUAUCGCUACACUCCUAGGCUCUAUUUGUUUUAUGUUCAUAUUUCUGAUACCGGUGACAUUUAUACAAGGGCUAUCUCAGCUAGAGCAGUUGCAGCAGAGGCUUCCUUUCCUAAGAGGAAUAUUGAAGAAGAAAUACUACAUGACUCAGCUAGUAACUGGAUACCUUCCCAGUGUCAUACUGCAAAUCCUUCUGUACACUGUUGCUCCAAUUAUGAUGCUAUUUUCUACAUUGGAGGGUCCUACAUCACACAGUGAAAGGAAGAGAAGUGCUUGCUGUAAAGUGCUGAUCUUCACAGUUUGGAACAUAUUCUUUGCUAAUGUAUUAUCUGGUACUGUCAUAAGUCAAUUGAACGUGUUAUCAAGCCCAAAGGACAUACCUGUCCAGCUUGCUAAAGCUGUACCUGGACAGGCGACCUUCUUCAUCACCUAUGUCCUGACCUCAGGAUGGGCUAGUUUGUCAUCUGAAGUUAUGCAGCUCUUUGGUUUGAUAUGGAUCUUUAUAAGGAAAUAUGUUCUGAGAAUGAGAGAAGAUACAGAAUUCGUUCCCUCGUUUCCCUACCACACAGAAGUACCAAAAGUUCUGUUGUUUGGACUCUUGGGAUUCACAUUGUCUGUGCUGGCUCCUCUGAUCUUACCUUUUCUGCUGGUGUACUUUUGCCUUGGUUAUGUUGUCUACCGCAAUCAGUUGCUCAAUGUGUAUCGAACAAGGUACGACACAGGUGGUUUGUAUUGGCCAAUUGCAUGCAACACAGUCAUAUUCUCUCUUGUGCUCACCCAGAUCAUCUGCCUUGGUGUAUUUGGACUUAAAGAAUCGCCAGUAGCUGCAGGCUUCACCAUACCUCUUAUCAUCCUUACGCUUUUAUUUAACCAGUACUGCAGAAACCGACUUCUUCCAUUAUUCAAGACUUUUCCAGCACAGGAUUUAAUCAACAUGGACAGGGAAGAUGAACGGUCAGGAAGAAUAGAUGAAAUUCACCACGGACUUCAUUCUGCUUAUUGCCAGUUCCCUGACACUGUAGAUGUACCCUUGGAGAAAAUUGAAAUUGUUGGUGGGGAUGAGGAGCAAGGUUCUACCUCAGGUGAGUCCGGUGGCAAAGAAACCUGCGAGGAUCCCAAGAAGGACCUGUCUCACCCAACACUAAAAGGACUCCCUGUUAACCGUCUCCGGCAAGCUGUGAGGUCGGUUACUUUCCUGAUCAGAUUGCAGAAAAGAGGUUUAUCAGAACAGAAAAUCGGAUAG